AUGAAGCCACGAAAAGACGUCAAGCCUCUUUUAGUGGUUUCAUUUGUGGCUGCUGUUUUGAUGCUUGUGGAGUACGAGUACUGGAGUGAAAUAGAUUAUCUCUCAUCAGCCAUCGCCGCGUUGAGACAGAAUGUUCGUCUGACCUUUGAAUCAAACACUACGCUAAAAACAGAAAGGGUCCAUUUUGAAGGCGAAUCAAGAUCCGAGGAGAAAUGCGCGAUACCAUUAGCCUUCAACGCAGAUCUUCAUGAGCGGAGUAAGACAAAAUGGCCCUGUAGGUUGCCAAUUUUGGACCCUUUUCAUCCGCAAGUGAUGAAAGCGAUUACACCAGUGGCGUCACUAAACUGCAAGGGGAGGCUUUUUACGGAGUUCCAAAACGGAAAAUUUCGACUCCUAGAUGACGUUAGAAAAGGUUCGUAAUUAAGCUAUUCCAGACUCGCCAUUGUAUCGAAUUACAUGAAGACUUCGGCCCCAUUUCCAAGAUUAUCUGAAUACAAAGAGCAGUACCUUGUUGUUUGGGUGUAUGUGGGUGUGUGUCUGUGUGUUCAUAUGCCGUUUCCUAAAGGGGUCAGAAGAUUAAUCUGAAAGCCCCGAAUCACACAUUUGCACCUAACAUCAUAUUUGGGUAUGGAUUUUUAUCUUGAAAAUGGUUUUUACUUGUAUCAUUACUAUUACUUUUUACUUGUAUCAUUACGAUUAGUUUCAUUUUUGACACAGAUUGAAAUAAAGUUACUUACUUAUCUUUUGCACACAACAUGGAGUGCUUAAAUAUUUGCUCGUGAAGCACAAUUUCACGUGCUUACGAAAAGGUUUGAUCUAAAGCGGGCAAAGUUUUUUACAUACAAUGUUGGGAGAGAUGGCUUAAGUAGUCAAACAUGCUCUUCCAACACGUUAGGCCCAAAAGUUUUACUGUUUAAUCAGCGCUUACAUAACAAGAGAAUCAAACUGUAAUAAAAGAGAAGCUGCAAAAUAAAACAGUAAACGAAUGGUAAGGCACCUCUGUAAGAAAGUUCAUAAAGAUGCCCUGUUAGAGAAAGUUCACCAUCUAAAUAUUUUUUAGUGUAGGUAACAAAAAAUGUACUGUUUCCCUGGCUGACAUUCCUUUGGUUUAACAUUUUAGAGUGGCAAGUGGUAAGCCAAAUGAAAUGUCUUAUGUGUAACUCAACUUUACAUUUCUCGAACUGUAGCUAAAAUGCUCUUUCUUUGCUUCUGUAGAGCAUGAAAUCGCUGAAGUCUUCGCCGAACCGAUCUACCGUAAAACUGAUUAUGAUGUAAAGUUGGGACAAAGGAUCUUUGUUAACUUAACGAAUAGGGAGGCAAGAGUAAAUAGCGAUUUUCUCAAAGUAACCGUUCGAUUUAAGAACGGCAAAAUCCAAUCCGAUUUCCACGCCGCGAUUUCAGAGAUCGACGACGUUGCAAAAGAGAAAGAAACGCACAGUGCACCCUUGAACAUAAUGAUUUUGACUUUCGAUGGAACGUCUACCGCCCACUUCAAAAGAUUGUUGCCAAAGACGUAUGCCUACCUUAAAGAUGGGCUGGAUUCCAUAUUUUUCAAGGGUUAUUCUAUUGUUGGAGAAUCAACAACUCCGGCGAUGACUGCUUUCUUAACAGGCAAGUCGGUGUCGGAGAAUUGUGAAUUCAAGGAAGCGAGACGAGGACAUAAAAAUUCGAGUUACGUGGACAAGUGGCCAUUUAUAUUCAAGGAAUUAAAGCGUCUUGGAAUUGCUACAAUGUGGAGUGAAGAUCAACCUGGUAUAGGUGAGUACUUUAGAGUAAUUUCAGUUGUUUGUCGAAAGUAAUCCGUGGUUGCAUGGGUUUUGCUCUACUCCGCUCUGUGAUUGGUCCAGAAAACUCGCGCCACUCUCUCAACCAAUCAGGUGCAAAGCUAAAACCAAUCACGACUUGAUCUCCUGCGUUUUCCCGCGCUUCAAGCAGUUUGCUCGUUUUUACUUUGAGUUCUCAUUGGCUAUUUAAGAUAUUUUCCUUCUAGUUUGAUUGGCUGUUAUGAUAACUUUGGUUAUGGUUCCACGAAACUCAAUCGUUAAUCGCUCAAACAUGUGCAUGUAAUGCAUAAACAGUAAAUGAGACUUGCAGUGUUGUAUUGUCUAAAAUCACUUUACAAUUAAUUUCUUGGUUUAGAGCUCUUCAACUAAUUUUACGGUUAAAAGUAUAACUACAUGGAAGGUAAUACAAGCGAGUUGUACUGAGAUGGAAAACGAGGCGAUUGUAUCGUCUUCUCAUUGUGAUUGAUUUCAAACUAACCUGACCGCUAUUGAACCAGAAGUUUGCAGUGUGGCCGCCCCUGAGAGAAUGACAACUAGAGUAGACAAGCUUUUUGGCUUUUUGUAACUGCUUUUUCAUUUAAUUUCUCCUUUAGGUGCAUUUCAUCUCACACUAAAGGGAUUCAAAGAUCAGCCAACUGAUCAUUAUGGAAGACCUUUGUGGUAUGCAGGAGAUAAGGGCCUUUGUUUCAGCUCUCAGCCACAGUUUGAAUUACAACUCAAAUAUCUUAAAAGCUUUAUGAAAUCCUACCCAGGAAAAAGGAAAUUUGGUUUCACAUUUCUAUCAAACUUGUGCCAUCGACAACCUGGCCUAGCCCACGCAGCUGACGAUGGAUUACUGUCUUUUUUCGUUUCACUUAAAGAUAAAAAUUUGUUGAAUGACACCAUGUUCAUCACAAUGGCUGAUCAUGGUGCAAGAUUUGGCGUCGUGCGUGAAAGCCCUCAAGGAAAGUUGGAGCACAGACUUCCACUUCUUUCUUUGACUCUUCCGCCUUGGUUUAAACGGAGUUAUCCGGCGCAAAUGACAGCAUUGGUUAGGAAUACCCGGAUAAUUUCCUCACCCUUCGAUCUUCACAAAACGAUGAAGCAUCUGUUGAUGUUUCCAGAGAAAACUUUGGUUCAAACGGAUACGAUCGGUAGCAGUCUUUUUGAACCACUUUCAGAAGACAGGAAAUGCAUUGAUGCAGGUAUUCCGGAAAAUUACUGCCCGUGUUUAAGAUGGCAACCAAUUAGCAUCGCUCAUCCGCACGUGCUUCGAGCUGUUAAGGUGGCAGUGAGCCACGUCAACGAGUUGUUGAUGUCUCACCCAACGACAGCCAAAUUAUGCCAUCGACUAGAGAUGAAGACAGUUUUAGAAGCUUAUCAAAAAAUUUCAAGUCUUGAAAUGCAUCUGAAUUUAGACCAAGAAAAUACAACGUGUAGUUAUCAAAUUCAGUUUCAGGCUACACCUGGUGAUGGUGUAUUUGAAGGUAUAUUCAGAUUGGACUCAUCGGGGAAUUUCAGAGUCUAUGGAGAUAUUGAUCGUGUUAACAAGUACGGUGAUCAACCUGAGUGUAUUGUUGCACAUGCGCCGUCAAUGCGACCGUACUGCAUUUGUUUGUCACAAAAUACGCCUGACACCAACAGACGGGUAUAGCACUGUCUACCAUUUCUCCCGCCCUCCCCCCUUACGCUCUCUACCCCUCUCACUUCGUCCAUUGCUCAACUGUGAUAAACUGAGUACAAACAAUUUUAAAAAGUUGUAUCCAAUCUUGUGUAAUAUUUACAGCAGAUUACCAUCUGUAGAGAACAGGUCCUCUUCAAGUCCCUCUUUCAGGUGUCUUUGGAACGUAGUUUCGUGUGGGUACAGAAGUAUAUUUAUUUACGGAUCUUCUCGCUGAAGGACAGAACUUAUUUCUUACGGUAAGUGGAUCGUGAUCUACAAAAGGGGUUUGCACAUCGAUGAGUCACAAAAAGAACAAAAGUAUUCACAAGCGUAACCCCAGACCAAUAGCCUUAUCUGAGAAUUUUGCGCUUAUUCGGACAAGGAAACUAAAACACGAAUGCGAAUCAAAUAAGAGACAAGUCUGCGUUUGUUUAACAGUCCUAUCGUAUCAGUAACAGGGCAAUGGUGUUGUGGUGCAGAAGGGAACAUGAAACAAGCCAGUGCAAUAAACAAAACAGGAUAGAAAGUAAAUGGCAUUGUCAACAGACAGUUUUUCUAUAUUAUUCUAAGUUUCUUGUUGUUGUAUUUAGGAGAAUUGAAGAUUUAAAACGAGUGCGCCCGCCCGCCUGAUUAAGCACCCCGUCUGAGUUGCUAACAAAUGAAUUAACUUAGGCAUGAUCCCUUUCGAGUUGAUCUGAUGAUAAAAUAAUUUUUGAAAGGGAUGUUUUUGCCUUCAGACAGAGUAAAAACACUUCUUGUCUCGUCCCCACAUGAUAUUAUCCCAAUCCAGGCCUGCUCGGCAGCUUAUAAGCAACUUUUGGCGUUUGGAGAAACUUUUCGAGAUUCUAGCAACCUCGAGCAAUUUUUGAAGACCUGUGGAAAGCAACUUUUGAAAUUUAGGUGGCCAAUUUUUGGAGUUUGUUCAAUUUCUUAGCCCGUUUUUGGUAUUCCGCUUUAGAAACUUUCCAUCGUGUUAAAUGAUAAAAUUACAAUUAUAGUUAAUCUAUAAUAUCGUAAGGGUUUUCUGUAUUGGUGUUAGAAGGAAAAGGAAUGGAAAUAUUAUAUUAUUCUAAGUCAUUUAAAGUAAAUUAUAAAAAGGGCAGGUUGAUUACUUCGUACGCCUUCUUGGUGGUCUUAUCUUAAAGGUUGAGUCUAAUCACAUUCUUCUUGUGAGUUUGGCCACGUUCACCUAGUGAGUUUAAUCACGUUUUCUUCGUUGUGAUCGUGAAGUUGACAUGGAACUCGUGAUAGGCCGUGUUCUUAAAUAAGUUAAUUUGUUAGUCCAGGAAGAGUAAAUCUCCCUGGUAAUAGGUCGCGUUCGACACCUUCGUGUUCCCAGAGGUAAUUUAAGGGGUAAACAGGUGAUGUCCCUUAUGUUUUCGCAACAAGAAGCAAUUUGGGGGCGGUACUUGUGAGCGCCCUUCUUCUUUAACUCUUGUGACCAAGAUGUUGUUAUGUAACAAUCUUUAAAGGUGAUUUGCUCUUAAAAAUAUACUUUCAGGUAUAAAUAAUACUCUACACCAAGGUUAUUUGUAAUUUUACAUUGUCGAUCUCGUUUCUGUUCUGACCGAUCUCAACCGUAAAGAUAUGAAAAUUAGGAAAGAAAUUAAUUUUAUAACUGUGUCGACAACCCUUAGUGCUUACUCAGUAUGUGGGAACUAUAAUACGUAGUCAAGCGUGAUUCGCUAGUUGAGAUGGUACGAUGACGACACAAGAAGAUUGACGGCUUAGAAAUGUCAUCCGCAGUGACACCUUUAUAAGCGGAGACUCUAGUUUUCCUUGAUAGAUUGAAGCUAGUCCCUAUUGUAACAACUUGAGGAGAGAAGCAAAUAAAGAAGGUUCAACCAGUCCACAAACGAGUGUUAGAGAAAACAAUUCUAACAAUCGUUUUACGAGCACAGUCUCAAGUACGGGCUAUUCCAGUCUCUUUUCGCUCAGAACUCUUCCUGGAAGAUGUCAAAAGAAAGCAAGCUCCGAGCGGCACGACAUAGAGCAUCGUGAUCUCUUUUCAUAACCGUUCACAGGCAGACAAAAUGUAGCCUCCCUCUCUUACCAAUUCUCGUUCCCAUAUCUAGUCCUACCGUGUAGUUGUAACGGAAAUGUAGACUUGGUCGAGGAAGGUUUUUGGCAUGUGAAGCGUAAAUUUUUCAGAAAGAAGAGCGUGAUUCGUGAAUUUGUGAACCAGCGUGAGAAGUGAUUUGCCCCCUGAAAUAUACGAGACUCAUAAAAACCUCAAGAUUUCCCUGAAGUCCUGUACACAAGAAGAGAGAUUUGAAGUUUUCUCUUUACAAUGUGACGCCUGAGUUUCUCUCCAAUUCAUAGGUGAAAAUAAACAGGAUCGGGACCCACCCUCCCCUCCCCCCCCCACGCCUUUGCUAAUUUCUCUUUACAUUUUGUAUGGUACUGACGAGAAUAAUUUAUUUUGAAAAUCAGCACCAUUUCCUUUGUUCUCAUUCCCUUUACAUUUGAUUAAAGGCAGAUAACGUAAAGAGAAAUUAGAAGUCACACGCUCCUCGGGGUUUAUGUUCAAAGCACGAUCUCAACGAUUGUGCUACGCGCUCAAACCAAUUUUUCCCACGUCCGUCGCCCAUGUUUGCCGGCCACGUUGUUUGACCCCUGGCGAUCCCUGAAACCUUUACACAAACGCGAGGAUCCGAUUACUGGCAACUCAAUCCUUUAUUCAAAGACCUUGCAUUGAUCGAUCCUUGUCUUUGCCAACGUAAGCCACGUCACAGUGUAAAUUUUAGAUUUGUCCAUCGUCUUAACGUUGUGUUUGUCGCUAAGGACGAGAAAUAAGAAGAGAUAGAGCGAAUCUAAAGAAACCUUUCGUUACGCUAAACACGGCAGUGAAUGAAAUAUUCACUCUUCAAUAUCUUCAAAUUCUCCUUGUCAGCACCCUAGGAAAUGUUUAGAGAGCAGUGCGGAGAAUAUGCAUAUUGAUGUUGGGGAGUCGAUUAGUCUUGUGUCCCAUUCACACCAGCAAAAAUAUAACCCAGGUGGAGCUGAAUAAAAUUCAGCAAUAAAAAAACUGACAACUAAAUUUCACACAUGGUUUAAGUAAUCACUAAAUUUAAAUUUCAUUGCGCUAAAAAUUUGAAGUCGGCAAACAUCAGGUUAAAUAACUUCAAUGAAGGAAAAAUAAUUUGCAACCGUGAUCGACAUUUUGUUUUAGCUUUGUAAUAAGAGGGGAUUUAGAUUUGUUUUUUAAAAACUUUUUUAGGAUUAUCAAGUCUGUCAGUGCACGUUUUAUUUCAUGCUGCUCAAGAAUUCUUUAGUCGUGUUAAUUUUUUUUUUCUUAUUCAAAUAAUUCGGCUAAUCAAUCCCUUUUUUUAAAUUAUUCUUGUUUUCAUUUUAUAAUCAUUUUCCUCGCCGCUGUAUUUCUAGGAAAGUCAACGUCACGCUCUGAACAAGCUCGUGUCGGAUUUAUUUCCUAUUGUGACGUAACUGUGUCUUCUACACCAAAAAAGAGCAUAUAUUCUUGACAUGCCUUAAGAAUAGAUUCUUGUCAAAGAAAAAGAAGAUUGCAGUGUAAGAUCGUCUUACAGGUCAACAAUCAAACAAACAGCGAAUUUAUUUGCUAUGUGUGAAAGUGUGACCUAGCGUCUGAAUAUCGCAUGACAUCUCCAAAUACAGCUGAAAACAAUAAGCAUCUCACACGAGGGCUGAAUUAUCUGAAGCAAUGAAGGUGAGUCCACUUCUCAAAACACUCAUAUUUGUAUUUCUAAAGGAAGUAUCCUCAAUAUCGAUCCAUUGUAUCCACUAAAUUUUGUAAAUAGAUCGAGCAUACCGGUAAAAUUUUGUUUCGUGUCGUAUUCCCUGCGUUCGGGAAUGUGUUCCUAAGUAGUAGUCAUUCGUCUGAAAAACUAUUUCUUGUCGUUGAAGGCGAAUGAGGUACGUGUCGUGGUUUUGCUUCGUUUCGAAAUGAUUACCGAGUGUAAUUUAAUCUGCUUUUCAUAACUCCUGAUGAAACAGAAGCGAAAUACCUAUUUCUUGUUAUGGGUUAAAUCGGCGAGGGGUGUUUGAGCGAACCCGGAUGACAACAACAAUGGAGGAAAACCAACAAACUGAAGUGAUACGAAGAAAUAGUAUUGAUGAAUUUAUUAAAUUUGAACCGCAGGAAGGGGAAGGGGAAGAAAAACCAAUAGUUAAUAUGAUUUUAAACUAGAAAAUUUCCCCGUUUAUUCGAUGUGGCUUUGAUGUCGCAUGUGUAUUGAAUUUUUAUAUUUAGAUAAGUGUUCGCCAAAUUGUCUAGUCAGUGUUUGUUCAUUUGUGUCUUCUUGCCUUCCUCAUUUCUCUCGGUCAGAGUCCAGCAAUUACUAAAACAGAUGUAUGCAAUUGAAAAUUACAGUUUAUUCCGGGAUGGAACCCUGCAUAAAUUGUACCCUUUCGUGCACGAGAAGUAGAUUACGAAAUGAAACGUUACACGAAAUUGUGACAUGCAUUCAAAUGACACCUUUUAGACCAAAUGGCAUUAAGACAAUCGAAUUACUCCGAAUAACCAUCUGACGCUUGAAAUUAUUUUGUCUUUCUUCCUUUUUUUUUCUUUGGGGCUUCGCGUUCUGAUGGAAAGCUACUUUGUCAUUCAGAAAAAUAGGAUUUGUUUCCACAAGAUUUGUCCUAGACUAGUAUCAGUUUCGUGCCUGUCGAAAAAAAAAUAUCAAUACGGGUCACCUAAGAGUGUGGCCAGAGGUAGUCAAUGAAAACAAAAGAAAUUUAAAUAAACUUUAAAGUUUAUUUAUAUUCGGGGCCCUAAAGAAUGAGAAAAGGAUAUAUUUAAAGGGCUCAAACCCACGACGGCGAAGGCAACGAGGAUGUGGCAAAACAAAGGAAACGAAAGAGCAAUAGCUCGGCUCAAGCAUUUUGAUACUUAAGUUUUCUCGAAACGGAAACCACUACUUUCCUUUUGUUGCGUCAUGUGAUAUAAGCAAAGCUUUUGGCAACAGUAAUUCAUAUUAUUUUUGUUCUCCAGGCUGUCAUUUUAAGAUGCUUAGCUACUUCAAACACAUUUUAAACUUCCCCUGUGUACUACUACCGUCAGUAUAUUAUAAACAGUUUAAAUCUCUUGCUUAAGGCCAUAGGCAUAACACUUCGUCCAAAAGUCUUUCUCUUAAAAUUUUGAUAUCUUGACCAAAUUAAUAUUUCAGCUAAAACAAAAUUUUAAAAAUUUGUGUAGAGAAAAGAAGAACUUUGAAAAUAGAUAUUAGUUGAAAAUAGAUAAUUCAGCUGUGUUAAACCUUGGGUUUGACUGGGAAUCGAUUUAAAGGGGAAAAUCUCUCGAAAGUGAACGUCGAGACACUGCCAUGAGAUUCACUCGUACCAUAAAUUAUUUACACCGACAAGAUUUCACUGCUAAGUGCACUUUUCAAGGAGAAUUUAUUUGCUCUAUGCAUUUGCUGUUAAAACUCGUCAAUCAAACUUUUAAAUAAAACAUUUUACUCUGAAGUCCAGAAAGCUUUUUUCUAACAUGUGUCUGUCACAAGUCAAUAACCUUACAAGUUGUUCCUUGGACUUGAAAAAGAACAUUUGUCAUACUUUCUCUGUCAUGGUUGAAAACUCAAGCAUAUAGUGAAAAGUCUCCCAAGUUAAAAUGUUUCGCGAAUUUUUCGAUCACCGUAUAGUAUGGACUUAUUUAUUGAGUUGGAGGGGUUUGUGCGUCAUGGCCGAGAGCCAAAUAUUUUCCCGUCCGGUUCGGCUUAACUCAGUCAAUAAGAAUUUUAUCAUAUAUUCGUCGUCAUAUGUCCUUAGCUCGCGAGGCAGUAGGAGGGCUUUGUACGGCCCUGUUCAUGCGUUACGGGUCAUACGAGCAUUUUUGUCUAAUGUUUUUCGAUAAAAGCGCGCGCGCGGGCAGUGCGGUCUUGAGUUAGUACCUACAGUAAUCGAACGUGAGACCUGAUUGAAGUAUUUCUAUUGCAGUUAUGUUUUAGGCUGAAACGCAGAAAGUGGCUCAAACUCCUCUUCGUUCUCAUCUGUCUUCUCGUUAUAACAGCACUCCUGGAGCAGAUGUACCUCGUCAGAAUGAAACCUUUCUUAAAUGUCUACAUGGUGAAUGUCGGUCGUUCAAUCGGUCGUCCCCUUUCUACCGACUGGGACAUGAAGCUAUCCCGAUCGAAAUGCGCAAUAACGCAUAUUACUGACAACCAUUCUGAGUUGGAUGAUGGGAAGAAAUGCCAACUGCCCAAUCUGGAUCCUUUCCGUUCAUACGUGGUGAAAGCUAUCAACCCUGUAGAGUCGAUAGACUGCGAAGGAAGAUUGUACACUGAAUAUGAAAACAGCGUCUUUAAACUCCUGGACGAUGUCGAUGAAAGUUAGUCUGUGGCCGAUUUGUUUGUUUUGUUCAGUUUUUCUCGUUUUCUUUCCAGUAAUUAUUAAGCACCUAGAGGGGGGUGGGAGGAUUUCAGGGGGGUUCAGUUGACAUCAGAAGAGUAUAAAAGGGAGACAUAGAAAAAUUGACUACCAAUGAGGGGGGAUCACUAGAUACUAAAGAGCCUUGGUGGGGGGAGGAAUGGGGGUGGAGGGGCAGAAGCAAAGUCCUCCGACCGCCCGGGCGAUAAAUAGAGAUCAUUAGAUCUGAUUUACAAGACACGAACUGACCUUAUUUACUAGACAUUUGAAGUCUGGCUUGUAACUCGUCAACGUCUGUCACAAGUUUUUCCUAAAAGGAGAGGGUGCAUUGUUUAGCAGGGCUGAUUCGUACGUUAGUUGACCAACUCGAAGGGUGUAAACUGGAUUGGAGCAAACCAACAUUUUACAUUUGAUCAUUAUCGACUCUUGCAAGCUCAAUAGCUCUCAUAGUAUUCACGUCCAGCUAAUAACAACGAAAUUUGGCAUGUUGUUAAAUUCAAAGCUCAAAAACAUGUUGAGGUGGCGUAGUUAUGGUUACACACUCCUGACCAAAUUAAGCUUGUAAAGGAAGUUCUUCUAUCAUGAUUUGCCACCCGAGCAUAAUCACUGCAUAUGACUCUGGGAUGUUUGCUUGCCGAACUCAUCGUUCUGGAUAUGUAGGAUCUUGUUUUGUUAUGUUUCCUUGAUGUAUAUAUUGAAAUCCUAAAUUAGCAUACUAUUAUAAAAACGGUUUUACGAGUAGAAUCAAACAUAUCUGUAAUUUUUAACCAACGGGAAGGGGUGGGAAUCAGCGAGCAACUUUUCUGAAUGGGUACAGUUUUCAGCCUGUUGGCUCACCAGGCCUAUAUGAACUGACUCAGUUUCUCUUUUUUGUAGAGCAUCAAAUUAAAGAGGUUUUUGCAGUGCCAAUAGUUCGUGUUUCAGAUCAAUAUUCGGCCUACGGAGAGAAGACCUUCCUUAGCCUGAAUAACAGAAGUGCCAUUAUGGUAGACGACUUUCUCAGAGUGACCAUUCGCUUUAGAGACGGAUCAGAGCAAACAGAUUUUCACGCCUCGAUUUCAGAGAUUCCCGAAGUCUCAGAGCAGAAGGAAACUCACAGCUCUCCCCUUAACAUAAUGAUUCUGGCAUUCGAUGGAACAUCUGCUGCCCACUUUGAGAGGAUGCUACCCAAAACAUACACUUACUUGAAAGACAAUCUAGAAUCCAUCAUGGUGAAAGGUUACUCAGUAGUAGGGGAAUCUACGACGCCCCAACUGACGGCUCUUUUGACCGGGAGGUCAUUAGAAGAGAACUGCGAUUUUAGUGAAGCAAGGAAAGAAUACGCAUCCUCCACAUUUGUAGACGUAUGGCCCUUCAUAUAUAAAGAUCUGAAACGUCUUGGAAUAGUCACGAUGUGGAGUGAAGAUGAUUAUCACAUAGGUAAGGCUUCCCUUAAUUCCGUGGCUAUCGCGGGUAAAAAAAAGUUGCCAGGUAAAUUUUUCGGUGACAAAGUUUUUAAUGUUUUUUUUUUUUUACAUGGCUAUUGGUGAAAUUCCAGAAUUUCUCUUUUUUCAAGAACAUAAUAUCUCUCGCUCAAAGACCAACUCAAUGGGCUGGUCAUUUACACGGGAUUUAACCGGCCAAGAGGCUUAGGCUCUCUUUACAAGAGGGUUAAUUUAAUUAAAUAAAUUUCCUUCCACUGUUAGCUUGCAGCCUCCUUGACACUGUUCACAGAAAUAAAUAUUCAGUUAAAAGAUUCAGAUAAAGUGAGGAGUUACGACGCGGUUUUGUUAAACAAUGGCUGACCCUUGUUUAAAUAAUCGGCCCAGUGAGUUUCCCCGCCCGGCAAUAUGAUAGCUUCUAUAUUAAUUAUGAUGAGACUCUCCGAAGAAUAGGGCAUGUACCUAUACUUUGGAUUCAGUCUCUUAGGUUUAUCAUCUCUUGAUGGAAGCCAUGUAAUCGAGACAGCGCCAGCGCUUAACUCUUUGACUCCCAAUAUCUCAAUAAAAAUUAUCCUUACUGUCUACCACAUACAUUACUCAAGAGUUUUGUCCCUGAGAAUUUGGUUUUUGAUCAAAUGGUUAUCCUCUAUUAAUCUUUUUUGCUAAUCUCAUUACUUAGUUUCGUGAUAUUGUAUUGAUAUCGUAAGGAUAUAUUUAUAAUUUGGUCAUCCCUGAGAGUAUAAAAAGUUAACAUGAAAUAGCAGAUGUUGUUUUAUUUUUUGUCCUAAAGGUACAUUCACUCUUAGACUAAACGGAUUCAAUGAUCAGCCCACGGACCAUUAUGGAAGAACUUUAUGGUUAACCACGCCAGGCGAGCUCUGCUUUAAUUCUCAGCAGCAGUACAAGGUACAGCUGAAAUACCUCAAAAGCUACAUGAAAUCAUAUCCCGGGAAGCGAAAAUUUGGUUUCACUUUUUUUUCCGACUUGUGUCAUCGUGAACCUGGUCUUGUCCAUGCUGCUGAUAGCGGAAUAACAGCCUUUUUCGAGUCUCUUCAACGAGAGAAUCUUUUGAAUGAUACCCUGUUCAUUACAAUGUCCGACCACGGCGCAAGAUUCGAGGAGGUGAGACAAAGUCCUCAGGGGAAAUUGGAACAGCGACUUCCAUUUCUUUCUUUAACGUUUCCUUCGUGGUUUAAACGCAGCUAUCCCGAUCAAAUUGCAGCUCUGGUUAAAAAUACUCACAUCAUUUCGUCACCGUUCGAUCUUCAUAAAACGAUAAAACAUCUAUUAGCGUUUCCGAAAAAGCAUUUUAUCGAGACGAAUACGACAGGUAAAAGCUUCUUCGAGCCAUAUUCUAUCAGCAGAACUUGUAGCGAUACGGGCAUUCCGGAAUAUUACUGCCCGUGUUUAAAGUGGCACCCCAUUAGUAUAAGUCAUUCGCAUGCAACGGAAGCUGUCAGAGUUGCGGUGGACCACAUCAACAAGCUCUUAAUGUCACACCCGAUGACAGCCAAACUAUGCCACCAACUUAAACUUAAGAUGAUCGCUGAAGCUUAUCAGAGUCAACCAAGCAGUGAAACACAUCUUACGUUAGAUCUUGAACAAACCGAAUGCACUUAUCAAAUUCAAUUUCAAACAACUCCUGGUGAUGGCAUAUUUGAAGGGCUAGUCAGGAUGGACUUAUCCGGGAAUUUUAAAGUAUAUAGUAAAUUGGAUCGUAUUAACAUGUACGGCGAUCAGCCGCGGUGUAUUUAUGAUGCUGUGCCGUCCAUACGAUCGUACUGUUUGUGUAAAUAAUAGUAAUAGUCUUAAACGAGGGCUAUCUCCUCUGCCAUAAUUGAGGCAAAGAAAUAUAGAAGAUUAGAUUCCGUAGAAACUCCGGCGUUCCUUUACUUUAAAUCAACUGAUCCUCCGUCUGUUUUCCCUGUAAACCAUGUGAUCCCCAGAAUCCAAUUUGAGAGCAAUACGGUUAUCCUCGAACGGCCAUAAAAAAAACCGAGCGCUGACCGCGUAAAACGAUCGCUGUAAUUAAAGUUAUGAUACCUAGACUUGAGGCGUUAAAAAGUCGUAAAACGCAUAAAGGCUGCGCCUAAAUUGAUGUUUUUUAAAAUACUUACUCACGUUCUUGUGAAGUAACCAGGAGGAGCUGACAGAAGAUUGACAGUCGUUUAACAAAACAUCACCUAUUCCUAAUUUCUUAUGCCCGGGAGGGGGGUGGAGGUGGGGGAGUCGGAAGAUUUGGGUUGUGUGACAAUAAAUUUUACCUGAUCUCCUCUAAGUCUCUGUGGUAUUCUAGUAAUUCUCCCUCUUCGACAGUCAAUUUCAACAGUCUCCCCUUAAUAUUUUUUAGCGACAACUUAUUCCCUUCGUUCCCCCAUGAAAACGAUAAAAUUCUCCCAACACCCCUAACCCCCCCCUGCCCUCCCCAGCCCUCUCACGGUGGUAAAUGAUGACAGUUUCCUUAAGCUCUCGUAAUGCCCUGUGCCGAUAGAUCGUGAUAAGCUUGAGCUCAUGCAUGCAUCGUAUGGUGACGAUAUUUUACAUCGACCAAGUAAACGUUAACAAAAUCUUUUUCUUGUUUAAUAAAUUUUCCUUAUUGUUCGUAGGACGCCUGGCCAAUGAACCAACAUGAGCAAUUCAAAAGGUACAAAAUUUAAAUCUUUAAGAACAAAUAUUCAAGUUUCUCAACAGAGAAUUUAAAGAAAUACAGUUCAAAGAUCAUGAAUGCGUGAUGAAUUUACAACAUGAGUGCACAGUUCGUUUUCGGAGAGGAAGGACCUGCCAGUGGUAAUGCAUAUUUCUGUAAAUCAAAUGGAAACUACUUAGUAUUCAAGUCACACUACCGAGGUAAUACGUAACAAGUUUUGAAUCCAUAGCAACACAAGUAGUACUGAUAGCUGCAAAAACAUCGAUUCGACAUGAAUUCAGUACGAAUAGUUAAAUAACGAAAGACUAUUGUUAGUGAAAAAGGUUCAGGCUUAAAAUAAUGACUUAGUGCCUUAAUUAAAAGUACUCUUGGAAUAAGGUAGAUUGUUCCUUUAAAACAAAUCAAUUUUAGCACAUAUAUAUCUAUAUUUCCACCUGCACUAGAAAACUUAUUAAAAAGCACUCUAAGUUACUGCUUCUAAAUUAGCUUUCCCACGAGUAAAAGCAAAUCCCGAACUCACGCGGCACUUUCUUUACAUUAGCUUGGACACUUUCACUCUUAAAAAAUACUUGAGCAAUCAAUCAAGCACUUGUGUGAUGACUGUCACAAUAGCUAAUACCGUUCUAUUCAAGAAAUUGGACACCGCUGUAUUAAAUAAACUUUAGGAAGUCCAAGAACAAAAGACCAAUUUUAAUAACACUCUCGAUUCUGAUAAUUUCGAGUUAGUUCAACAAAUUUCGAUAUAUUUUGGUUUUUUCGAAUCCGGUGUAAUGUUUCAGAUGACUCAAAUAAUGCUUAAAAUCACCUGAUCACUGUAAAAAGUUUUUCCAUAGAAAUUUUACUAUGAAUAACUGUUUUUCUUUUUAAGCUCUUUUUUAGGUAAAUCUUUUUGCUAGCAACACAUUCAUGGUUGUCAUGCAAAACUGGAAUGUUUGACGUUUUGAAUAAGUAAUAUAAUCUAGUUAUAAAGAAGACGGGCCAUAAAGAGAAAGAAGCUUUCUAUUCAUUUUCCUUUUCGGGGGAGGUAUUCCACAGGUAAGUCACGCAGUUUUUAAAAGUAGUUCCGCCGCGGAAUCUCAUAACUUGAGCAAAUAUACAUGACAUCAACUCUUUAUUAACUUUUUAAGGUUUGGCACGUAACAUGUUUCGAAUGAUAGCGUCGAACGUGGAACGAUUAUUACUAUUGCUAAAAAGAGAAAAUGAGACUGUCAAUCAAAUUGAAAAGCGAAGGUUUCUCUACUGGCUUUCGUCUUGUUAGUUAGAAAUUUAUCUUCAGUUGUACAUAGCUAGGGCACUAGACUUUCACAGGCACGAAACAUCAUAUCAUUAUCACUUUGUCGGGCAUUGCGGCGAAUUUUGCGGGCUAAGGUGGAGAUUUUGGCAUCUUAGCCAGUCUACAGACUGUUUUGUUGCAACUUUUUACUAAGUUUUUCUCUUAUCAGUGCUAACUCUGCUAACUCCGCUAACUCGGCCCCAAUUAGCACGAACCCCCAGAUAACUCUAACAAAAUCCCAUCUCCAUCGACCCCAUUUUUUCAGUCACUUACUAUCAGCUACCUCGAACCACCGCUAACUCGAACCAUUUUUGUUUCCAUUGGGAAUUCGAGGGAGUGGGGAUCUACUGUUAUAGACCUUAUGUUAACUCUAAGUCGGCCCAAAACAAAUUUUUGGCCGUGUACAUAAAUUCUAUCAGCUAUUAGAACUCAAUGACCCAAUCGGACGCUUGACACGUUUAAACUUGCGCACUUGCAAGAAUCAGUUUUUUCCAGAACUUUCGAUGAAUGGAAAAAAAAAAAAAAAAAAGAUUACUGAUUGUGAAUGUGGGUGGGUAAAACCCAAACGCUGGCAAACAAUUGCUCCAAAGGUAAACAUUCCCUGCGAAAAAAACACGACGGCGACGGCAACGAGGUGGUGACAAAACAAAAGCUCUAAUGAGCAGAACAAGAGCACAGCACGUGCGUUUUCAAACUUUGUGCAUCUUUCUAGCAUUCCUCUACAAAACAACAACGUGAAGUCACCGAAAUAUUUAAGUUUAUGUGGAAAAAAUCGCUGUUCACAUACGUGAUGCUGAAGUUAAGGUGUGGCACCGCAAACGACGGUCAACACAUUCAUGCAGCCAUUUGUGUAAUUUCAACUGAAAAUGUAAAUUAUUUUUUUAAUCGACGUACUGUUAAGCGUUGCAGUCCUGACUGCAAAAGAUUCCUGUUAUUGGUAAUAAGUUUUAAUUUAAACUGAUUAAUAUUUCAGACAUACGGAGAAGAACUUCAUUUCGUAGCUUUCAUCCGGGUUUUACUGGUGAGACUAGGUACAUCAUCAAUAAAUUAUAGACAGUUUAUAUUCUCUUGUACAUCCUGGAGAAAUAUUUUAAAAGAGCAAGAGAAAAUUUCAAGACUGCCUCUAAAAGCUAUUUCAAAACAAUAGCUACAUGUAAUGACACACAUUUACGUGGCGAUCUAAUUAAUUAAUAGUGGUAAGGCGUGGGGUUCCCAGGGAGCAGCCAUUAGUAAUCGCCUAAGGAGGAGGAGAAGGGGGGCUGGGAGACAGAGAGGGGGCGGAGUCAUUCGUUGCUACCAGAGUAUAAAGAAGGGAGUAUAGAAAACUUUAAUUUUAAUUUACCCUUAAAAGAGUAACUCCCUCUCCCCACUUCCCUUCGUUAGGAGGCUUGGUUACAAAGGCUACAGUUUUCGUUAUACCUUUAUAUUUUAAAUUCUGUCGAACAUAUCAAGGGAAAUUACCUUCAUAGGGUUUAAGAUUGGUAUUUGCACAUCACUACUAUGGGAGGGAGGAUCAACCACCACCACAGAAGGGGGGGGGUUACGAAAAUUAUAAUCGCCAAUAAGAGAGGAGGGGUGGGGGGGAAGAGCCAAAGCAAAGCCUUUAGAGGUUAAGGUAAAUAUCAUUGUGACACAGCCAAACUCGUCCUCCCCUCACCCCCUCCCAACCCCCUUUUCAGGCGAUAAAUAAUAACUGGUUCCUUAUUUAACAAGGGGGUCAUUAAGGGACGAUAUAAUUUAAAGGGAGUGGGAAUAUAGAAUUCAUCUAACGAAAGCUCCUUCUCUUCUCUGUUCUCUUCGUAUCUCUCUCUCCUCCUAAAGGGUCUUGAUGGGGUUAUCUGUCAACCAUAAAACGGCGGAAAAAAAUCACUGUUAGUAGUAAGAUUGACAAAUUUUAACCAACGAUGGAAAGAAAUCAACCGUAAUCCGUAAAUUGGCCAAAAUUUUAAUCUUUAGCCCAUCACCCCAUCGAGACCCUGUGAAAUGACUCAAAUAUCUACAGCUCCAUUUAGGCAGAUUCAACUUCAUACAACGUCAAGUCAGGAAAGUUACUUUUUUUUUGUAGGUUUUCAUGACCACAUGGCGGCUGUCAAUGUUAGACUGAUCUUGAGGCUUCUUGUGUCUAUGGCAUUCGCACUCACCAUAAUGACGCUAAUACGAUGCAUAGAAUUCGUCACAAAGUUUCCGAAGCAGUUUCAGUAUAGGACUUUUUUCAUCUUCAACCGUUCAAAUAUUCCCCAGAACCAAGGUGCAUGCGUAUUACCUAUGGCUAUCAUCAACAAAAAGUCCCAUUCAGAUGGAGAGCUGGGUUGUGAAGUUCCUACAUUGGAUCCCUUCCUACCCGUUAUUAUGAAAUCUCUCCAACCCAGAGAGCCAAUCAAAUGCAAUGGCAGACUAUAUACAGAGUAUGAAAAUAACGUGUUAAGAUUUCUUGAUGACAUCAGUGAAGGUUUGUCGUGGAGAAGUGUUUUAAGGAUAUUCUUUUUUUCGUCAAUGUUAAUAUCCCUAUAUAUAUAUAUAUAUAAAAAAAGAAUAAGCAACGUAACUUUCUUAAGUUAAAUUAGUCCAUCGUGCAAAAGUACCUUCAGCUCAAAGAGGUCUAUAAAAUUUUAUUUCGAUAAGAUGAAAAAACACAACAGAGGCGAUGAUGAACCAUGAAAGUUUGCACAGGAUGAAUACGAUUUAACCCUGAAUUUCCAGAACCAUUUAAUAUUUGAGAACAUCAUCCAGCUAAAUUAUUCAAGCUUUACAGACAGCUAAUGACGUAUCACAUCUAAGCGGCCAGGCGAGGAAUGCCCCGCUAUUAAUAAUUUGAAAAGUGAUGGUGGUGGCGGUAGGAAGACAGUGAUAGAGAGAUAAAAUCACCCGCGAUUGUCUUCACGUUGUGUCUGUGCAAAUUUGUACGACAUACAGCGCACCAAUGGAUUCGUACCUUGACUUAUGUAUCCAUGCAUGGGCAUGCUUUGUAACAUGAAAGUUUCAAAAGUCCCCUUUUAAAUUACCCCUUCCCCUUUCAACGGUACGGUUGUUAUCGUGAAUUGUUUUUCUCAUCUUCUUUAGGGCAUCAAGUUGAUGAGGUCUAUGCAGAACCUUUCAUUCGUGUUUCUGACUUCAAUGUAACACUGGGGGAGAAGAGAUUCCUAGAGCUAACGAAGAAAGAGGUCAAAGUACCGAUAAAUAGUGACUUUUUAAAAGUGACAGUUCGUUUUAAAGAUGGCUCUGAGCAGACAGAUUUUCACGCCUCGAUUUCAGAGAUACCCGACGUCGCGCAGCGCAAAGAAACGCACGAUGCACCCUUAAACAUAAUGGUCCUAGGAUUAGACAGGACAUCCUCAGCCCAUUUUCAAAGAAUGACACCAAAGACCUAUGCUUUCUUAAAGGACCAAUUAGAUUCCAUUAUAUUCAAGAGUUAUUCAAUAGUCGGGGAAAAUACGGCACCAGCUAUGUCUGCCUUCUUAACUGGCAAGUCACUGAAGGAAAACUGUGCAUUCAAGGAAGCAAGGAAAGGUUUUAAAAAUGCUGGACGCGUCGACGACUGGCCAUUUAUAUUUAGCGAUCUCAAAACCCUUGGAAUUCCAACAAUGUGGAGUGAAGAUCAACCCACUAUAGGUAAAUCGUUUCCAAGGGGAAGUAUUCUCCUGAAAUUUAGUGAUUUUAUCUCCAAUAUUAAACAUUUAUGUGCGAUUAUGACUCUGGGCGCGUUUUCAACACCAAAAGACGCUCUAAGCUUGAUGAAAUUUGCUUUGGAAAAUGGUAAAAAUAAUUCCUCAUGCCGACAUUUUGGAUAUGACCGCUUUCCUCUGCGUAACACUCUCACUUCUCUUUCCACAAUCUGAUGGCGAUCUUUUGAAAAAAAUUGGAACUAAAAAAGAAAGAUUCAAUUGACUAGAAAAAAAUGAGGUUUCGCAAUGAGUUUCUUAAACCUCUUAGCGUGGUUAAAAUAAUCUGGUGUUUGUGCGGCCUGGUUACUAGGCUGGUUACAAAAUGCACGUGUCCAUGGUCGAAAUAUUGGCUCAGGUUGUAUGUCGAAAGGUUAUGUAAAUUUUUGUAGUCGAAGACCGCGGUAAUUAAUUUUGAAUUUUUUACAAAUAUACUCCACGAUGGCGAAGAUUAGAAUUGUGUGAUUAUUUCUUAACUAAACUUGGAGCAAAUUUUGCCAGACAUUAUUUAGAUACCAUUUAAACAAUAUAAUUUUUUUUGCUACGGUUUUAUCCAAGCAAAGCAAAGAGCUCAUGCAGUUUUUACAUUUUUAGGAGCGUUUCAUUUUCGACUGAAAGGAUUCAACAAACAACCCACUGACCACUAUGGAAGAUCCCUGUGGUGGUUGUAUGAUGGUAGCCUCUGUAAGCACUCCCUUCCACAGUACAAGCUGCAACUGCAAUAUCUAAAGAGCUUCAUAAAGUCCUAUCCUGGAAAAAGAAAAUUUGGUUUCGUAUUUUUGUCAGACCUUUGCCAUCGUUCGGCUAAUCUUCUUAGUGCUGGGGAUGACGGAUUUUUGGAAUUUUUUAAAUCAUUAAAGAAUGAGAGUCUUCUUAAUGACACUUUAUUUAUUACAAUGGGUGACCACGGUCCUUACACAUAUGGUGCAAUACGGGAUAGUCCUCAGGGGAAACUUGAACAUCGGCUUCCAUUUCUUUCUUUGACUUUCCCUGCUUGGUUCAAACGCAGUUAUCCAGUGCAAAUGGCAGCACUAAUCAGGAACUCCAGGAUCAUAUCGUCACCGUUCGAUCUUCACAAAACUAUGAAGCAUCUGUUAACGUUUCCGCAGAAAACUUUUGUCCAGACGGAUACCAUUGGUGAAAGCCUUUUUGAACCACUGCCAGAUGACAGAGCUUGCGAAGAUACCGGUAUUCCAGAAUUUUAUUGUCCCUGUUUAAGUUUGCGAUCCAUUGACACUGCUCAUGCUCAUGUUCAUCGAGCUGUUAAGGUGGCUGUGAAGCACAUUAAUGACAUUUUGAUGUCUCGCUCAAUCUCGGCCAGGCUUUGUCAUCAACUAGAGUUAAAGGCGAUCUUUGAAGCUUACCAGAAAAUGCCAAGUCGUGGCUCACCCAAAAACGUUCUAACAGAUCACAGAAAUACUUCGUGCAAGUACCAGAUCAAGUUUCAAACGACACCUGGUGAUGGUUUGUUUGAAGCACUCUUAAAAAUGAACUCAACCGGAGGUUUUGAAAUUUUAAAUUACAUCUCUCGAGUCAAUACGUACGGAAAUCAGUCAAGCUGUAUUAGAGUACCAUACAUCAAACCAUAUUGUUUGUGCAGAUAA